UUAAAGAUCCCUUGUAUGUGAGCGAUCGGCGGUGGUUGUAUGCGAGUCUUUGUUCCUUUUCGGAAAUAACAGAGAGACCAAGUCUCAGGCUGUGUACAUAGCGAAGGAGGAGAAACUAUCCGCAGAGAGAGAGCGAGAGCGGCCCAGUCGAGAUGACACAGUGAAUCAGUUGAAGACAAACUGUCCAACGAGAAGGAUCACUCUUGGAAGUGUUUUGCAUCUCGCUAUGAUCAUUUGAGCCACUGAUAUCACAGCCAAUUGACUAACAAAUUUCGGAAGAUAAUCGGCAACUCUCUUUUGCGAUAAUAUUGUGAAAUUGCGCGUGAGAUCACCGUCAUGAUGGAUGAUCUGUACUGUCUGGAGUCAGAUGUGGAGAACGACGACCUGCUCGAUCAGUCAUACACGGGCAGGGGCUACGAGAAGCGGCCCUACUACGUGCGGACGGCCAAGAAGGACCCCACCUUCCUCACCGAUCGCUGCUUCGAGAAUCUCCUCAAGUCCGAAACCGCCCCGCAGAUGACCGGCUACGCCGCCAAGGAGAUCACGGAGGACAUGCGGCGGAUCGUGGCCACCUGGAUGCUGGAGCUGUGCGAGCAGAGAAAGUGCCAGGAGGAGGUGUUCAUCCUCGCCCUCAACUACAUGGAUCGGCACUUGAGGAGGAAAGUUGUGCCCAAGACUAGUCUGCAGCUCCUCGCCUCCGCCUGCCUGCUGCUGGCCUCGAAGCUGCGCGAGCCGAGCUGCAAGAGCCUCUCCGCGGAUGUUCUUGUCUACUUCACCGACGACAGUAUCACAAAAUAUGAGCUAAUUAAUUGGGAAUUGCUGGUGCUGAACACGCUGAAAUGGGACAUCUCGGUGGUGACUCCUUUGGAUUUCCUCGAGCACAUUCUCACACGUCUCAACAUCAAGAAUUCCAUGAAUAUCCGUGUGGACAAAGUGCGAGAACACGCUCAGACAUUCAUCUCGAUGGCUGCACAAGAAAACUUCUGUGAAUUCCUCCCCAGCACGAUAGCAGCUGCCAGUGUGGUUGUCUCCGUGAAUGGCCUGAAGCGUGACAUGGUGCAUGAGUGCUAUUUAAUUCGCGAGUUAGUCGAUCGUAUUCUAAAGGGCAGCAUUACGGAGGAAGUACUUAACAAGUGUAUGGCGCGAAUGGAGAGAGUGUAUCAGGAGCAGAAGAAGCUGCUGUCGCCAGAGUACUACUAUCACACCCCGCCAAAUAGUCCCUGCAUCAAGAGUCAGGGUGUUCCGGGCACGCCGCAGAAGUGCAAGGCGGAGUCCAAUGGGACGCCCGUGGACAUUCAGGACAUCAACUUUUGAUCGCCACGCAUCCGGAGUGACCAACAAACAGGAGAGAGAGAGACACAGUGAAUUGUUGGGUGCUAAAAUACAAUUUCUGUUGAAAUAGGUACCUUAAUUUAAACACAGAUCCCCGAAUCCCAGUUUCCCACGUCAUUUGCCCAGUGAAGCCGAUAGAUCACAGGAGAAAUAUGCUCUUCAUGCCGAGAAUAAUUAAUAUUUCACAAUGAGUAGAAGAUUUGAGUGUCUGUAUUUGUUUGUAGGCUCCCAAAAUGUUGAGAGAAAAAAUGUGCGUUCUCGUGUGUAUGUGUCAAUCUAUAUUAAUGUCUUAUGUUUUUCUUUCGGGACCAAACACCAAACUAUUUAUGUAGUAUAUUGUUAACCAGCUUUAUAACAUAUAAGUUUACUAUUGUAACUUAAAAGUGAGAGACGAUGUUCGCGAGCUAGAGAGCAGCGCGAAAGAGAGGGAAAUGUGCCUUUUUUGGUAUCGAUUUUUCUCAGAAGAAAUAGUUUAUGGGAUAGGAAGGAAGCAAAAAAUCAUGUCUUAUGCUAAAGAGAGGGGCCGCCGAAGUGCGUGAGCGAGAGAAAAAACUAAUAUUUAGUUAAAAAACUUAAGCUGACUCGCGAGAGGAGGGUGAGAGAAGAUGUAUAGAAGUAUUCGUCUCUAGCACUUCUGAUUUAUUGAUUGUAUAGUCUUCUUUUUUAAACAACCACCAUCCGAACGGAUUGUGAGCGCCACAGAAUUGUAUACAAGAAUGAGAACAAAAAUACCAUCCCAGGAUAUGCAAAACCUUCAACAACAUUUCAAUACGCUUAUUUAUAUAUUUACGGAAAAAAACAUAUGAAAGAGAAACGAUUCACAAUUUAACUAUGUAGAGUUUAGCAAUUAUUCAGAGUCAAAAGAGAAGGCAUUCUAGCAAGACUCACAUUUUUCUCUCCUUUCUCAGGACCAAUAAAACAAAUCUCCUAUAUUUUUCUUUGGCUCAUAUUCCAAUAUAUUUUUUUUAAAUAAAUUUCUUUUUUUUACUUUGAUAAAACUGCCAAGAAAAUAACUUUCGGUGCUUCCAAGUCGCUGGAGAAAGGAGAGUUAAGAUGUGCAAAGAUGAAAAGGGAUUUUUUGGGGAAUGUUUGCAAAUUUUUCAAGAAUUUGCCAAACAUUGCAAAAUAUAGUCAUAGAAAUAGAAAUUUAUACAUAUAAUAUAUAUAUAUAUAUAUUGCAUAUAAUGAUGUAGCAAGAGAGGAACUCUUAAAAAGUAGUCGAGUAGAAAUUGUUUAAGUUUAACGUAUAACUUCUGUUAUAACUACACAGAUAAUGAGAAAAUAUAACUUUUUGUACAUAUUGUUAAUUAAGAGGAAGAGUAGAAGUGAAUUGAUAUGUAAAAUGUCAGCAGAUAAGACUUCAAUGCCUGAAAAUUAUAUUUAAAGGUUUACUAAACGACCUAAAAUUUUAUAUUACAGGUGUGAAAUACAAGAGAAGAUAGGAAAAACCAAUGCGAACUAUUGUAUAUCGUAUAUAUUUUUUGGAUAAUAAAAGGAAGAAAAAAAAUACCUAAUAGCAAAGGAAAUAUGAAACGAAGUAUCAACUGUAUAUUUUUCUAUUUGAAUAUUUGCGUAUUUUCUUUAUUUUCUAGUUUAUAUUUCUUUACAAAUGAAUAUUUCUUAUUUUCUGCAUCUGCAUUAAACAACCAAUUGAACCCUAAACUGCCAUAUUAAAGCGCUAAUUGAAGCGAUCGCAAAUGCAAUGUUUAUAUAUUUUUAAAAAUAUGGAUGGUAAAAAGCUGAAAAGUUAAUGAUGUAGGAGAGGAAAAGAACUAGCAAAGCAAUAAUAAUUUUUUUAAUAAAUAAACUAUAAUAAAUUAUUUAAAAAUGACACACUGUACUAAAUAGACCGGACUGAAAAAGUAUGUAAUUUAUAAAGAAAAAAAAGCAAAAAAUCGAAGAGAAGGAAGGUGAAAUUUGAAGAGGAAAGGCAUAAAAUACGCUCUUAAGUAUUUUUGUUGAUAAUUUACUUAUAAAUUGCAAAAAAAUUCCCCCAAGAAGGGAUUUAUUGAGGGAGAGAAAAUGAAGAAAGAGCAAGAGAAACUGUAUAUAAGUGGAGAAAAAAUAAAAAGUGUAAUUCCUGAAAA